UUGGAUUGCUCCUACAUUUAUUUACGCCUAUGUUAUUUAUAUUAAUGGCCUGAAGCCCACCACAGAUACAUUCUACAAUGGAGAUAAAACAUUCAAACUACAGACAGAAGAAAAUACAUUCUACCCUUUGUUACUGUAACGUACAACUGUAAAAACGUAAUUUAGCACGCCAUCUAGUGGAGAGAGUAUGGAAUUCAUGAAUGUACUGCUCUUAUAUAAAACCACCCAGAAACGCUAAAAUGCCUUGAAUGUACUCUUGACUAUUUGUCAGUUAUUACAUUUUAACCAAGAGCAAAGCAUCAUAAGACCCGAAGAGGAACCGGAGAGUAAAACCCGAGAAUUUCUAAAUUCUCCGAACCCAACAGCAGAGAUGGGCUGGUGUUUUCGAAGUCUCUGAUUGGACAAUGGUUACUGCUUCCUAGGGCAGAGGUCGGAAUCACAAACACGUGUGCUAGUUCACUGUGGCUUUACCAUGGAACGAAGUUAGACGUUUUUGCAUGUCAAGCUAAACCAAUAUUUCUAACGUGUCAUUUAAAACACCUUGUAACAUGCCGCAAGACAUGUCAGCAGGCAGCAGUGACAAGGAGGUCAUAGCAAAAAAAACUAAACGAACUACGGGGUAUGAGUGUCCAGAUGAUUUCACCUCUGUGACAUACACUCCGUGCCGGAGUGCAAGAGGGUCGGACGUAUUCGGCGAAGACAAGGAGCUGUGGCUCAUCAAAGCACCAGCUAAUUUCGAUCCUCGCAGCUUCUCUGGUAUGAAGUUGCCUCUUGCGGGCCUGGAGACGCUCCAGACGGGUAAGGCUGGCGCCGCUCGGCGGAUCUUCAGCACGCUGGGCAGACGCUCGACCACCACGGGUCUCCGCCUCCUCACCAACGACCCCGACCAGCCAACCGCUCACCGGUGUGCGCCGGCUUUCUCCGGCGCGCUCAACGUGUCCGAGAGCUAUGGCGACUGCAGAGCCAACCAGGGGCCCAUAGCCGUCCCCGCCGCCCCGGCCCCGCAGCUCCCCGACGGGCUACGGCAGCGCUACUUCCCCUUCGGCAGUGGCAUUCCCGCCUCGGCGCCCAGGGUGGUGGCCGAGGAGGCGUCUGUGCCCGUUGGGCUGGUGAAGACUGAGCUGGUCGUGGAGGAGGAGACGCCGAGGAAGAAGGCGAAGAAAGUAAAGAAGGAGAAGAAGGAGAAGAGAAUAAAGCAGGAGCAGCAGGAGGAGGAGGAGGAGGAGGAGGAGGAGGCGGCUGCUGCUGCUGCAGUGGUUGUGAAGAUGGAGCAGCUGAACCAGAGCAUAGCUGAGCAGUCACUGCCAGACGGAGAGGCGACAGAGGGAAGGAAAAAGAAAAAGAAGAAGAAAGAUAAAGAGAGAGAGAAAGUAAAGUCUUUGGAGGGAGUGGACCCUUAUGUAAGAAUCAAAGAGGAGCCUAUGGACAGAGAUUUUGUGAAAACUGAGCACGUGCUUAAAAAGAAGAAAAAGAAGAAAAUCAAAACGGACGAUGAUUAGAUUUUGUGUGUGUAUUUUGUUUUAUGUGUCUUCUACAUAUUAUGGCCAUAUUAUUAUCUGCUAUUUGAAGUUGUUCUGCAUAUAUUGCAUUGAAAAUGUGAAUAAGGUGGAAUGAUUAAAUAUUGAAAAACCGUCUUCUAGAAA